AUGGACACCUCCACUCUCCGGCAACGCCCCAAAAACUCAGAUGACAAACGCGCCAUUCGCGAAAAAAAGCUUGUCAAAGCCAAACGCGGCCUCCGCUCCCUCUCCAUCGCCGUAACUCUCCCUCUCAUCUUCUCCCUCCUCUCCUCCUUCCUCUCCCCUCCCCUGCCCCCGCACAGCAACACAGAAGAAACAAUAUGGUGGUACCCGCCCGCAUGGCUGAUCCAUGCGGCCUCCGCUGUGACGUCAGGCCUGAUGGGCUUAGCGGCGUGGCUCUUCUGGGCGGAGGGCGGCAUGAGGAGAAGCGCCGGGGCAGCGUGUGCGGGUGCGGGUGGGGUGGGGGUGGCGGUGGCGGGCGCGCGGGUGGCAGCGUUGGUUGCUUGCGGCAGCUCGUUCCGGCGCGUGAAUCCGUUUGCGGGGAAUUUGGUUACUCCGUGUGCUGCGUGGGCGGCCUUCGCGGUUUUCCUUAGUUAUAAGUUGAUGUGA